CAGUUUGCGAUCUCUUACCGAGAUUAAAACCUCCAAGGCACAUUUUUAAUGAGCAAAAGCUGAUCGGAAAUGUAAAAAUCUACUGCGCGCUCUCAUUCACGCGGCUCGCGCUGCAGAGGACGUCUCACGGUCGUGCACGCGUGCGACUCUCUUUGAUGGAAUUCUCGUUUAUUGUUGGAUAGAGCGUUGUAUUGUGUUUCUUUAUUCAGUUGAGCACGGUGGUCAUGGAGGUGAAUGGUUAAUCCAUGGACUGUAAAAAGAGACACUAAUUGACCUUUCAUGUACCCAAGGAAAACAACCCUGACAGAGAAAUGUAUGGAUUCAUCAACACAUGUCUGAAGUCUCUAGUGAUCGACAGAUUUGGAGAAGAGACGUGGGACAAACUCAGGGACUCAGCAAGGGUUCAAGACACUUUCAUGACUUAUGAAGUGUACGCAGAUAACAUCACCAUGCAGUUAGUGACCGAGGCCUGCAGGAUGCUCGACCUUGAGCAAAGUGUGGUGCUGGGGCAGUUUGGCGAAUAUUUUUUUGAGUUCUGCAAAAGGGCUGGAUAUGAUCAUAUGCUGCGCACUCUUGGAGGAAAUCUGUUUGAGUUUAUGGAGAAUCUGGACGCGCUGCACGGCUUUCUCUCUCUUUCCUACAAGGAAAUGAAUGCACCAUCAUUCCGUGUAGAAAAAAACAAUGAUGGCACUUUGCUGUUACACUACUACUCAGACCGACGAGGUCUUUGUCAUAUCGUCCCUGGUAUCAUCAGAGCUGUAGCCAAAGACUUUUUUAACAGCAAGAUAAAGAUGGAAAUUGUGAACCAGAUCGAGGAAGUUGAGAGGAUGGGAAAAAAAGAGCAUAUUGUUUUCCUCAUCACCCAAAGCCCAGCGUUCUUAGACAAAGACUUUCCUGAAAGGUCCCUGCAGACGAAAUCUCUAAAUCAUGUAGAAAAAAAUGACACAGUCAGAAACUUGGAGAAUCCACAAAAGGGUAAAACUUUAAGGGCAUUUGAGCCUGUGUAUCCAGAUAACCUGUGCAUCGAUCUGAAGACAUUUUGCAAUGCCUUUCCUUUCCACAUUGUGUUUGAUGAAGAACUCCAGGUCAGACAGGCAGGGGUGACUAUUCAGAGAAUCGUGCCAGGGUUACAGAGCAGGUGCAGCCAGCUGGAUCAAUAUUUCAACAUCCAGCAUCCACAGGUGACUUUCAACAUCUGCAGCAUCCGCAAGUUCAUUAAUAGCCAUUUUGUUUUGCGGACACAAAUAGACAGAAUGCCUAUGGCUUGGAGAGAGAGACCCAUGCUAGAACUGAGAGGACAAAUGUUAUGGAUGCCCCCAUUGCGUUCCAUGCUGUACCUAGCAUCACCAUUACUUCGCAGCUUGCAGGAGCUGGAGGAGCACUGCAUGCACCUCUCUGAUAUUGCUCCACAUGACGCUACACGUGACCUAAUCCUGCUCAACCAGCAGCGACUGGCAGAGAUGGAGCUCUCCAACCAGCUAGAACGAAAAAAGGAAGAGCUUCAUCAGCUCUCAAAACACCUUGAGGAGGAAAAGGAUAAGACGGAUAAUCUAUUGUAUGCCAUGCUGCCCAAACAUGUGGCCAACCAGCUGAAAGAGGGCAAGAGAGUGGAGGCAGGUGAGUUUGAAGAAUGCACUGUUCUCUUCAGCGAUGUGGUGACCUUCACCACCAUCUGCUCUGAGUGUGAACCGAUCCAGAUUGUUUCCAUGCUCAAUUCCAUCUAUCUGAAGUUUGACCGUCUUACCACUGUACACAAUAUUUACAAGGUUGAAACAAUUGGAGAUGCUUACAUGGUUGUCGGUGGCGUGCCCAUCCCAAUGUCAAGUCACACUGAGCGUGUGGCCAACUUUGCCCUGGGCAUGAUCAUAGCUGCAAAAGAGGUCACUAACCCUGUGACUGGUGACCCUAUUCAGAUUCGAGUGGGUUUGCACAGUGGACCAGUCUUGGCAGGGGUGGUUGGUGAGAAGAUGCCUCGGUACUGUUUGUUUGGAGACACAGUUAAUACAGCCUCCCGAAUGGAGAGUCAUGGAUUGCCUGACAAAAUCCACCUCAGUCCCUGUGUUUAUCAUGCUCUAAGAAAUAAAGGCUAUCAGAUGGAGGAGCGUGGAGAGAUAGAGGUAAAAGGUAAAGGAAGAAUGCGCACCUACUUCCUGCAGAGGAACCUUAAAGUCACAGAGAGUGAGAUCAUGGGGCUUUUGGCACCCAACGCUGACUCAGACAGGAUGAUGAAUCAUUCUACACAAGCUUCACAGCUACUUCACUAUAGACCAGCAUUAAAAGCUACCCAGAGACUGCAGAAAGGAGACAAUUUUCCAAUGGUACCAAUGAAAUAUGGAGAUAGUCCAACAGAGAGCAAACCUCCCACACGAUUUACUGAACCUCAGCAUAGCACUAUAACAGGUCAGCCACGAGAUUCGGAGAGUUACGGGAGUCUUUACAGUGAGGACGAGCCCAUGAAGGACAACACACACAACAAGACAGAGAAUAAGAAACCUUCAGCUGAUAAACGCAGCAAACAUGUUCACACUAGGUUCUGCUUGUUAUUCUGA